GCUGCGGCGCAUGCAGCUCGAGCUCCAAGAGCCGCAGCCUGAAGUUGUAAUCAUGACAGACUGGUGAGUUUAAUGCGAUGAGCUGCUCACUGUUCAGCUCCCAAGAUGCUCCUCUACUCUUGUCUCUUCCUCCUGCUGCAACGCGUUGCCUCUCGAUCCCUCGACCUUCGUGCCUCUGAAGCUUUGACGAAUCUCACCGGGGCCGGGCCUCCCGCCUCCACUUCCUCCAAUCCGCGAGUCUUCUUCAAGCAACAGUACGAAAACCCGGCAGAGACGUUUUCCGUCUUACUGCUUAUCGGCGGGGACAUUGUGCAAAAGGCCAUUGCCCAGUUGGUGGGCCAUCAGCUACGAGGCUUCUACAUUACACCCACAGCAUUCAGCUUUGGAUGGGUGGCAUAUGCUUUCAACGCGCUGAACUCGGCGCUCAGCGAUGGCUCACUGAUGCCUUCUCCAGACAUUGUGUGCCGUGUCAUUCCAUUGGGCAGCGAAGGAGAUCGUGAAAAUGAAUCCUGGGUCAUUGGUCGACUAGUCCGUGACCUGGAGAUUGAUAAACAUCUUGAGAUGCCUGAUGAAGUGGUAGUGGAGACCGACAGUAGCGGCAAGCUGAAAAAGACGAAAAAGAAGUAUACGAAGCCUGUUUUCACCUUUCUGACAACCAAGGAAAAGCCCGGGUGUCCCAAGGCUGACAAGAUUUGGUGGAGCUUCGUACUGUUCCUGCCCCUACAGUUGUUGAUCGCUGCAAUUCCCACCAUCCUUCCUCAGCGCAAUUGGGGAAUCCUCUUGAUCACAGGAGCGGGAUCUUUGCUUGCGAUGAUCACUGGCUCUCUGCCCCAGUGGAUGGAGGAGAAAUAUGCUUGUCGGAAGGAUUCGAGGAGUACUUACGUUUUAACCAGAGGAAAUGGCCACCAGCAUGUGUUUGUUAUCGAAAAUGCUCCGCCACCCAAAGGAGGCACCAAGGAGGGUGGACCGAAGAGACCAGGGACCAGCCUCAACAUGGAAGACUUGGCCAUUCAGUCACCUCGGGCCACUCAGCUGUCCAGAUCCACCCUCGUGGUGCUUGCGGUUGCCUGGGUGUUUUUCUUGAUCACCGCCGGCGGGAUUGAACAGGAUACGUGGUACCUGAUGGGAGUGGGUGGGCUUGGCAUGGUACAUAAUGUGUAUGUUGCCAAUGCAGUACGUCAGCCUGCAGCUCAUGGUGUUCCUGUGGUGGAAGAGAAUCUCGGAUCGUGCACGCGCAUCAAAGCCGAAUCUGGCGAGAAGGUCAUGGCUGUCCUGAUGAGAGCAGAGAAGUAUCGGCCCGGUGUUGGUUUGGCAGUGCUGACGACCUUUUUCCCUGGGCGACUCAGCAAGCAAGAGGCAGAAUUAUGGGACAAGGCGCGACUGACCCUCGAGCUUCGGCGAGAGGCAUUCAAAAGGGGCGAGGAUCCGCUUCCUGAUCCCUGGACAGUUCCAGGAGAAACCACCACGGUCACCAUUACGGACGCACAGAAAUCGGUGCAGAUUAGCCGGGAACAGGCACAGCCAGCAACCAUGCGCCGUAGCUCGACUAUCCCGUCGUCUGCCAUCUAACUAGGUUGCUAUAUCGUGGGCGGAAUAUACAAGCUAUAUAAUAUAUCUCUAAGUAGUGGCCUGGCAUAUUGCAUUCAGCCAUCCACGCAUCAUCCCAGUCUCAAUUCUCAAGCAGCGCAGGG